AUGGAGGCUACUGGAAAUGUGACCACGGUAGCUACUGGGAAUGUGACCAAGGAGGCUACUGGGAAUGUGACCACGGAGGCUACAGGGGAUGUUAUCACGGAGGCUACUGGGAAUGUGACCACGGAGGCUACAUGGGAUGUGAUCACGGAGGCAACUGGGAAUGUGACCAUGGAGGCUACAGGGAAUGUGAUCACGAUGGAUAUUGGGAAUGUGACCACGGAGGCUACAGGGAAUGUAAUCACGGAGGCUACUGGGAAUGUGACCACGGAGGCUACAGGGAAUGUGAUCACGGAGGCUACAGGGAAUGUGACAACGGUGGCUACAGGGAAUGUGAUCACGGUGGAUACUGGGAAUGUGACCACGGAGGCUACAGGGAAUGUGACCACGGAGGCUAUAGGGAAUGUGACCACGGAGGCUACUGGGAAUGUGACCACGGAGGCUACAGGGAAUGUGAUCACGGUGGAUACUGGGAAUGCUACUGGGAAUGUGACCACGGUUGCUACAUGGAAUGUGAUCACGGUGGCUAUUGAGAAUGUGACCACGGAGACUACUGGGAAUGUGGCAACGGUGGUUACAGGGAAUGUGAUCACGGUGGCUAUUGAGAAUUUGACCACGGAGACUACUGGGAAUGUGAUCACGGAGGGUACAGGGAAUGUGAUCACGGCGGCUAUUGAGAAUGUGACCACGGAGACUACUGGGAAUGUGACAACGGUGGCUACAGGGAAUGUGAUCACGGAGGCUACAGGGAAUGUGAUCACGGUGGCUACUGGAAAUGUGACAACGGUGGCUACAGGGAAUGUGAACACGGUGGCUACUGAGAAUGUGACCACGGAGGCUACAGGGAAUGUGACCACGGAGGCUACAGGGAAUGUGGCCACGGAGGCUACUGGGAAUGUGACCACGGAGGCUACAGGGAAUGUGAUCACGGUGGAUACUGGGAAUGUGACCACGGUGGCUACAGGAAAUGUUAUCACGGAGGCUAAUGGGAAUGUGACAACGGUGGCUACAGGGAAUGUGAUCACGGUGGCUAUUGAGAAUGUGACCACGGAGACUACUGGGAAUGUGGCAACGGUGGCUACAGGGAAUGUGAUCACGGUGGCUAUUGAGAAUUCGACCACGGAGACUACUGGGAAUGUGAUCACGGAGGCUACAGGGAAUGUGAUCACGGUGGCUAUUGAGAAUGUGACCACGGAGGCUACUGGGAAUGUGACAACGGUGGCUACAGGGAAUGAAAUCACGGAGGCUACAGGGAAUGUGAUCACGGAGGCUACAGGGAAUGUGAUCACGGUGGCUAUUGAGAAUGUGACCACGGAGACUACUGGGAAUGUGACAACGGUGGCUACAGGGAAUUUGAUCACGGAGGGUACUGGGAAUGUGACCACGAAGGGUACUGGGAAUGUGAUCACGGAGGCUACUUGGAAUGUGACAACGGUGGCUACAGGGAAUGUGAUCACGGUGGCUACUGGAAAUGUGACCACGGAGUCUUCUGGGAAUGUGACCAAGGAGGCUACAGGGAAUGUGAUCACGGAUACUACUGAAAUUGUGUCCACGGAGGCUUCUGGGAGUAUGACCACGAAGGGUACUGGGAAUGUGACCACGAAGGGUACUGGGAAUGUGACCACGGUGGCUUCAGGGAAUGUGACAACGGUGGCUACUUGGAAUGUGACCACGGUGGCUAAUGGGAAUGUGACCACGGUGGCUACUGGGAAUGUGACCACGGUGGCUACCGGGGAUGUGACAACGGAAGCUACUGGGAAUGUGACCACGGAGAGCUACUCGGAAUGUGACAACGGAGUCUAUUCGGAAUGUGAUAAGUACAUAUACUUGUAUGACAUACGAAAGAAUAGCGAAAGUUGUCAACUUGACUAG